GGUUAAUUUUAUGGAUGUAUUCCAUCUCUGUGUUUAAAAUUUUAAAAGCCAAAAUUAUCAAACUGGCUGAACAAUUUACCUACUCUCAAAAGGAUCAGAAAGGGCGUUUAUUCUGCUGUCUGCAAGUCAGGUAAGCACAUGUAAUACUCUACUAGACAUCUCCAAAACAUUAUAGGCAAAGAUUUUACACAAAAAUAAUCCAACUCUGUCAUGAGGUCACGUUAUGCUUUUUUGAAAAUAUACAUUCUAAUAUGAUUUUUGAGAAGAAAUCGCUACAGUCUGAAGAAGGAACAAAGGACGAGCGAUUUUCGUGCUCAGAAUCUUUAAAAAGAAAAUGGUCUUGCGUUUAUUCGAACAAAUAUGAAUUAUUUUUCGACCACAGAGGAGAUUAUUUGGAAAGUACACAAGACUUAAGGGGUGCCUUUUCCGACACUGACGACUAUUUAGAUCAGGGGCUUGUUUCUGCUGAUCGCUGUGCAAGCAGAACAUCUUCUAUAAAUUCCUGGUCUGAGAAUUUAAAGCCAUCUUUCACUCAGAAGCUGAAAUUCAAAUCUGUCAUGGAAGGAGAACAGGCUACUUUCGAAUGUAAGCUGGUUGCAAGUCCAGCACCAAAGAUCGCAUGGUUUCAUAACAAUCGACCCAUACGCAAAGAUUUACGAAAAAAUUUUAAAAUAGAAAGUGCGAUGCACAUUCAUAGCUCAAGUUUGGAAAUCAACAAUGUAGAACAGAAAGAUUCAGGGAGUUACAAAGUGUUUGCAAUAAACUCCGAGGGGUCAGCCGAAACAACCGCAUCUUUACUAGUUGCACUUAAAGAGGAGCAAAAUCUGAAUUAUCUGAGCUUCCUGAAGCGAUCAGAGAUGAUUCACAAAAACAUAGACAUGUUGGUUAGGCAAAGGAGACAAGCCAAACUGAGAGUUGAUCUCAAGCACGUUGGGUCUCCCUUCGACAAGUAUGCAGUUAAAGGAACUUUGGGGAAUCUACACCAUUCCAGGAGCAGGCUGAUACGUACCGUGUAUAUUAGUAAGACGCCUGCAACCCCAAUACAAGAUGACCCGCUAUUUGGGACUUCUGCAACAAGGCGGUCAUCAAGGCCCUUCGGGAGGAUUCUGGACAAGGACAAUUUAAUUGAUGAGGAUAUUAAAAUCAAACUACAGCUUUUACGUGAAGCCAAAAAGAAAAAGCGAUUUUCUCUUGCACUAUCUGAAGCUUCAUUUGACCUAGAUGCUCCCUCAGCUGAAGACCGUAUGAAAUGGAAUUGUGCUUAUCUGGACAGACAACGCAGUAGGAGCAUGGGAGAGCUUGGUCACAUGGAGUAUCAACAGAGCCAAUCUUACUUUUAUAAAGAACAGGCACAAUCAUCUGGAGAGUAUUGCCAGACAGAAUCUCCUGAAUUCAAGCAUCGCAUGGAAAGGAUAUUGGGACUCAUUUCCCAAGAGGCAGAACCACAGAGAGCCACUGAAGAAAGCAGCAUUGAAGAAUCCUCGAGAACAAAAGAAAUGAAGUCAUUAAAAGAGCGGUUCCUGAGCGGUGAUUUGCUCAAAGAGACAGAAGGAAAAAAUGAACGUGAACAUAAACUGGAAGAACAAGGAAGUGACGAAUAUUAUUUCCAGAAAGAAAAUGAACGAUUCAAGGCAGUGUCUGACCAAUAUUCUGGAGCUGUUAUCAGUAUCAAGAAAGACGCAUCAACACAUCGUCCUGAGAUGGUUGACCAACCCAAAUCAGCUGCAAGACACACAAAGGUAAAUAAACAAAUAAUACAGUGUGAAGAAAGUGUUAUAAAGUGUGCAGAGACAUUACCACCAUCUUUUUUAUCAAUGGAAAAAGAAAGGUCGACUUUUAUGAAAACAAUGAAACCAGAAGCUCUGCAUCAACCUGAGAUCGAGGAACACCUCGAGAUGGUUUCUGAUCAGUGGUCUGGAAAUGUGACCUGCGGACAGAAAGACUUACCUACCAAGAAACCUGAAAAUGGUUAUACUUCGUUUGACCUGUCCAAAACAGAAGAAUCAACCAGUGACCGCACAUUCAACCAAAAGCCAUUCAGCCAUUUUGAAGACGAUCAUAAAGAUUACACUAUCAUCUUAACACCUUGUUUACCAAAAUCAAAAGAAGCCUUUUUCAACACACCAAAGAAAGAUAAUCUAGUGGAAAUAGAUGAACCCUCAUGUCAACUUGACAUUGAAAAACAUCACAGGGCAGCUCCUCCAGAGCUAAGAGAAAGCUCGAUUUUUGUUAGUGCGUUCACGAAACAGAUGCCAGCAGAAAUAAAAGAACCUGCACAAAGGUAUCAGAUAGAGGACAAACAUGAGACACCUCCUGAGAAAAGGCAUCACAGUGCUUACAGUUCACCCAGUGUCUUACGAAAACAGAGGCCUGAAGUUGAUCGCACAAGUAUCGGCCAAACCAAGUCAGCACCCAGAGAAAAGGAGCUUAUCAAUACAUCUAAAAUCAAUAAAGUAGAAGCCCAAUAUGAGCAUAAAGUUGAGCGUGAUGUCCAGAUUCUGACACCUACUCCUUUACGGAAGAAACGAGAAGUCUCAGCGUUUGAUACAAAACAAGUACACGAAACAGCAGUAGGAGUAACAGAACCUCUUUAUAAAUGUGAGGAUAAGAAAGGCCAACAAUUUCCUUCCCAACAACCUGAAAGGAUUAUCAGGACAGAGAGAGGAUUUUUGAGAAAUAAACAGGACUAUGAUCAUGCAAUGGUUAGUCAAUCCAAAUCACUAACUAAAGAAGCAGAGUUCAUUAAUAUAUCAAAAAUCAGCCCAGAAGCACAACAUGAAGUGAAGGUUGAAGAUUAUUCCCAGAUACAAAGACAAUCUCAUUUAAGUGCGUUGAAGAAAGAAACUCCAGCAGAAAUAAUAGAACCUCCAUUGCCUGGAAGUUUUGUCAGUGUGCAAAGAGUCUUCCCAAUAGACAAGCCCAAAGUUCAUCAUGACACGUCCUUCCAAACCAUAUCAAGGCAACAACAGACAGACAUUAUUGGUGAGCCAGAAAUCAGCCAGAGAAAACUACAGAAUGAAUACAAGAAGCUAGACUCCACCCAGAUUGUGGGAACUUUUCAAUCACCAGAGAAGAAAGAGACCUCAAACCUUGUCAGACCACCAACAGAAGUAAAAGAACCUCCAUGUAAACUUGAAACAAAGGAAGAUUACGAGACAUUUCCUGAUCAAUGGUCUGGUAGUUUUAUUCAUGUACAGAGGGACGUGUUGAAAGAUAAACCUGAACAUGCUCAUAAGAUAUCUGACCAAUUCAUACCAGCAGCCGAACAGACAGAGAUGUCCAUUGUAUCUAAAUCCAGCAAGAGAGAACUGCAGGAGGAAGGCAGGAUGAAUGAAUUCCACCAGAUAGUGAGACCUAUUCCUUCAACAAUGAAAAAAGAAACAUCGGCUUUUGUUAGAACACCAAUGAAAGAAUCACCGGUGACAAUAAAAGAUCAUUCAUAUAAAGCUGAGGCCAUUGAAGAAUCAACAAAACAAAAAAGCUCCAGAGUGAAACAAAGACAGCUUUGUCCUCCUAUGUUUGUCCAUGAUCUCGAAUCUCCUGAAAUCAAGCAAGGAGAGAUGUGCAUUUUGGACUGCCAGUUCCAUGCUCAACCACAACCUAUGGUGACUUGGUACAAAGAUGAACAGCCGAUUUCACGAACCCAAUGUUACAAUAUUCACUCCACAGACAGCAAAUCUACAUUGACUAUAAGCAACAGUUACAAAGAACACGAAGGAGUGUAUACAUGUGUGAUAUUCAACCAGUAUGGAACUGCACAAACAUCUGGGAUCCUCAAAUUAAGAGAAGAACUAUUGGCACCUUUCGAUGUGCAUGUGACUGACGCACCAGAGGAAUGUACUGGCGAACAAGACUUUGACUUGUUGGCGGAAAAGGAAGUUGAGUUCUUCAAUGCACCACUUGCUGUGACAAAAUCAACCUUGCAAUUACCAGGGGUUUUUGUACCUCGAUCACGUCCUACAAAUCUGUCUUUGCUUUCCGCUCCUGUUGAAAUUAAGAUAACUGCUCCUACUCCAACACCAGAGCAAGAUGAAGAACGAAGGGAAUCUUAUCCUUCAGAUGAAUUGGAUUCAUCCCAGGAUCCCUUCUCUCAGACUACAAAACAUAAAUUUAAAUUCUCUUUUGAUGUGAUUUCUGAAGCUCCAAAGGUUGUAAAAGAAUUAGAACCAAUUUAUUGUGUCGAAGGGGAAUCUGUGAUGUUUGAAUGUCUGAUUUCUGGAGAGCCAGAACCUGUUGUUGUAUGGCUGCAAAAUGACAGACUUUUAUUAGGUGGUAAAGCUAAGUACCGAUUUGUAGAGAGCAGAGGAAAGUAUAGAUUAUAUAUUGAUGGUGUUUCAAUGUCUGAUUUGGGGAGCUAUAAAUGUGUUGCUAACAAUAAAGCUGGAGAGGCACUGAGUAUUUCUAGUCUUACAAUAGAGCCUGCAGAACAGAGUUUUAGCAAAGCUAGAGAAACACAGAGUAUUUAUAGUCCGAGGAUAGAGCCUGCAGAGCAGAGUUUUAACAAAGCUAGAGAAAUACAGAGUAUUUAUAGUCCGAGGAUAGAGCCUGCAGAGCAGAGUUUUAACAAAACUAGAGAAAUACAGAGUAUUUAUAGUCCGAGGAUAGAGCCUGCAGAGCAGAGUUUUAACAAAACUAGAGAAACGCAGAGUAUUUACAGUCCGAGGAUAGAGCCCGCAGAGCAGAGCUUUAUUUGCCAUCUGAAAGAUACUGAACCAUCUGAUGAGGAAUACUCGAUUGUGAGUCACUUUCUGCUUAAUCUCAGUAAAAUGGGGCAGGAAGAAGGCAUUACUCAGCAAAGGCAAUUAUCACUGCAAGAAAGAAGAAGAGUUCUUUCUCCUUCACAUUGUACACAAGAGAAAGUGUUUACUCCGAUGUCUGAGGAGGGAGCUGGAGUGACCUCCAGUUCUACUGAAUCUUCAAGUGAAAUGUCGUCUUUAAAGGAGAAAGAAAAGAAUCUAACAACAGAUUCUAAAGUGGCGGCACAUGAAGUGCCCGUGAAAGCAGAAGACGAAACACUUUCUAUCAGCCAGUAUUUACGUUUUCUUGACCGUGAAGGACAGGAUGUACCUGAAGACUCCAAGAUGGAAGAACAAACUGAAGCAAGAGCAAACAAAUAUACUUUUGGAAGAGAAUCCUAUGAAGAGUGUGCUUAUUCAGACAAUGUAGCUAAACAUUCUGCUGAAAGUCAUGGGGCACAAGCUAAAGUUUCCAAGGCAGAAUUAUCUGAUGACUCAGUGUCUAAUAAAAGCAUCACCUGCAUAAGUGUAGACUCAGCAGACGCCAUUCCUACGAGGAAUGAGGAAAGUGGAGGUUUUUCCCUCUCAGAGUAUCUCCUGACAACAGGUCAUGAGGAAGCACCAGUUUACCAAGACGCAAGUCACGAGACAUUUGGAUAUGACGAGUCUGGAAUAACCUCGAUGGAGGUUGAAGAAGUAACAUUCGGAGCUGUUUACGACUACUAUAAUCAGAGUGAAGAGUGGACACGCUCCCUUUCUCCCGAGUCCGAGAUGUCAAUUGAACUGGGCAAUGCGACCGCCGAUGAAAUAGAGAACGAAAGAUUUUACACCCCGCCCAUGGCUUCUGAAAAUGUGAGAACGGUUAUGUCAGCAGAGUCAUUUCAUACCCCUCUUCAAUCUCCUGGUUUCAUGACACCUCCAGAAAGAUUGCCUUCACCCAAUGCCUCAGCAAAAUCUCCUAUAGCUGCCCUACUGGAGAGGUUUUAUACUCCACCAGCGUGUUUUAGGACAUCAGAAGAUGAGGGUAUUGAAACAGCACCUCUGGACGAUCUAAGCCAAACUAUAGGAGGGAAAAGGUCAGAGUUCUUCUCGACACCUCCUCAGGAAGCAGAAGCCAAAGGGAACGAAAUGCCUCCUGCGUUCAUCAAACCGCUCACAAAGAAAAAGAUCUACGAAGGAAACACACUCAUGUUCAUGACCGAGGUGAUUGGCUGCCCUAUCCCCGAUGUUAAGUGGUACAAGAAUAAAUCUUUACUCGAGCCAGAUCAUAGGAUUCGAUUGGAAAGGGAAGGAAAUUUGUGUACAUUAGUAAUUGAUAGUGUUCACAAAGAAGAUGAAGGGGAAUACAUUUGUCAUGUCGUAAACAUCAUAGGAGAAGCCAAAAGCAGCGGGCAGGUGGAUGUCUUAUCACAAGAUGCCAGGUCAGUUGCAUUACCUCCCCUAGUGACCCAUCAACACGUGAUAGAGUUUGAUGUCCGGAGAGAUAAAACAUCGAGAUCUCCUUCACCACAAGAAAUUCUCCUCGAAGUUGAACUUGAUGAGCACGAGGUGAAGGAAUUUGAAAGGCAGAUCAAAAUCAUUACGAUUCCCGAAUUUACGCCUGACAAUAAAAACAUGAUUAUUUCUCUGGACGUCCUUCCCAUGAUGCUUAAUGAUGAACCCAAUCUGGACUUUAUUACGAGAGAGAAUGACGAUGUGAAAAUUGACUUUGAAGUGACUGAGAUUCCUCCGCGAUUUAUCAGCCAUGUUUUUGAUCUGGAAAUUCCAGAGAAGACCGAUGCCAUCUUUGAAUGCUCGGUGACCGGUAUUCCCAUCCCUGAGGUGAUGUGGUUCAAAGAUGAUUCACGUAUUACUUCAGAUGGCAAGAAAUACAUUAUAAUGGCAGACAAUUCUAAUCAUUGCCUUAAAAUAACCAGCGUUGGUUCCUCUGACAGUGGCACGUACAAGUGCAAAACUAUAAAUAGUGUGGGGGAAACAACAUGCAGAGGUUAUCUUGCAGUAACUAAUUCCCAUAUGGCACUUGCAAAAGCAGGUGAUAAAGCUAUAGCUGCCAUGUCACUGGGUAGUGCUCAAGAACAACCACAGGAAUUAGAUGUUCUUAUUGGGGAUUCUACGGGGCAUGACAACCAGCCUUCGGAAAUUGAAGUUGAGUUUGAGUUUGAGCAAGGUGGUGACGACUCUCAGAAAUCUCUGAAAGUCGUAGCUGUAACAGAACAGGAACAGGAAGGAAAAGAGAAAUGUCUGAAUAUUAGUUUUGAUGUAUUUGCUGAACCUGCCAAAGAGGAGACCAUCGAAUUUAAAGCCGAGGGCAGUGAGACGUGUACAUUUGAAUUUCAAGUCAUAGAAACACCCCCAAAGUUUGUAAAGUCCCUGCUCAAUUGUAGUACAUCUCUAGGAGGUUCAGCAUCUUUUCAAUGCAUUGUGACUGGUGCCCCAAAACCUACUGUUACUUGGUAUAUGAAUGAUAAAAUGCUUCAAGGUUGUGGCAACUAUCUGAUCCAGGAAAAAGACCCAGGACACCAUUUCUUGGUCAUUCCGUUUGUUACAAAAUAUGAUGUUGGAACAUACAGGUGUAAAGCUGUUAAUAAAACUGGGAAUGCAGUCACAGAGGCCAUUUUAAGUGUGUUCUAAACUGAAUAGUAUUUGCUAUUCUCUCUGUAUGUCCAAUGUCUUAUAUUUUGAGCAUUGCAAAACAUGCUACUUUUCUCUAGACUUAUAUGGUAGUAUACAUAUGAAUUUGCUAAGUUCAAAAGUGUAGAUUUUUUCUUCUUAUCAAGAACUAAAUACAUGUUUGUUAGAAACGUGGAAAGCUCCAUUAAAGCUGUUGACAAAAUAGUAGAUUUUUACAGGAAGUUUGGUGAUUUCUGUUCAAUUUUUUUACUCUGGAGUUUGUUUGUUAGUGUGAAAGAAAGGGCUAAACUCUAUUACUGAGGUCAGGCCUGAGGGGUUUUACAUCGAGCAGGGCAACCAAAAAUAGUUUGAACUUUUUUAAUGCGGAGUACUACAGUAUAGCUAGAUGUGUUCUUGUUGAAUGCUUGUUGUUUCUUAGUUAAAACCUAUUAACUAAAUUAGCCACGAUCAUAAAUUUAUGCAUGUUUUAUUAGUUAGUUUAUUAUUAGUUUUGCAGUCUGAUAACUGAAUUCAGCAACUCACAAUGUGAAGCAGCUCAGGUACUAAUAUGAUCAGAGGUUUGCUUUCAGGCAAUGAUGUGUAUUUUAUUGGUGCUGUAUUCAAUAUGCAAGCUCAUUCAUUGAUAGUCGAGUUCAGAAUUUUAAAUCUUUAAACCGAGCAGAUAUAGCUAAUUAUUUUCUAUUUCUUACUGAGGAUGUGAAGAUGUGAGUUGACUAACAUAUUUAACUCAUUGCGGAACGUGACAGCUAAUUUGUCGAAAGGUUGCACAUUGUUAGUUAACUUAGCAAGAAAAUACUGGGGAAAGUUUACCAAGAUGAUUUCUAAGAUUUUACUUUUUAAUCUCAGCAGUUGAGAUAUGCAAGAUUUUAGUUUUUCUUAAUUAUGAAUAGAGAAUAUCUAAAAUGGUCUUAUCUUGUGUAAUAUUUAGACAGUGGGUGGUUCUAAGUUGCAGGUGUGUAAUUUGAUGUUGGAUUCCAUGAAUUAUAUUAACAUUGUAUCUGACCUGAAAUGCUUUGUACUGUUCAUAUGAUGGCGGCAAUGUAUUUGUGCGCUUGUUACCCUCCACCAGGCUUUGGCAGCAUAUCAUCCCCUUUCUUGCUUGGCUCUAUUGGCUCUCCAACCCCCAAGGAAUCAAGAUCCUCACAUACAAAUCCCUCUGUGGCCUUGCCACACCUUAACUCUGCAACCUCAUUGACCUUAACCAUAUCAACCAGGCCAUUCCCUCUGAUCAGCAAACGCUGACAUGCUUUGUGUUCCUCAUCCAAGUCACCCUAUCAUUGUUUAACAAGCUGUCAGCCACUCUGCCCCGCUCUUCUGAAACUCCAACCCGGAGUCUCGCUGACCUUACCUUUUAAAACCCACCUUAAGGCAUUUCUUUGAUUGUGCUUUUGAUGAACUAUCCUCCCGCCCUCUUCGUCUUUCUCCACCGGCUAUAUUGUAUGUUGUAUUAAGGGAACACUUUAAACAUUUUUUUGCCCCCCCUUCCCCCCUUUUAAGUGGUAGGGAAUGAAGGGGUAUCUGGUUGCUUUGCGUGAUGGAGAAGUGAAGUUUCAGAGCAGGAGUUGACAUUAGAGAGUGAGAGAUUUGCAAGCAGAUUACAUCAGAGGAACCUGAGAGAAGUUGCAGCGACCAUAUCAUAAAGUAGGAUGGAAGGUUUCAUUGCCUUGGAGUGAGCACUCAGAAUUUGGUAAGUCUGAUUUUAUUCAUUUUGGGUGAUGGUGUUUCUUCUCUCCCUUUAGUUCCUUCUAGUACAUCAGGGAAAUUAUCUUUUCUGCUUGGAGGAGUCCAUAGAUCACACUGCCCCUGAUUUUGUGUUCUCACUAAGGAACUUAUUGCCUCGAGAAUUCCAGGUGGAAAGUCUUAUUCUCUGCUUAAUGGCACAGAGUGCAUGAGGGAUUUGUUGAAUUGCUGCUGAAUAAAUAGUUUGAUUUAUUGUGUUUCGGGGCAUUUUAAGUUAAUUUACUUUUAGCUCGCGUUUGCAGGAGGCAAGAGGAAAGCUGUCUUUUCUCUGUUUUGCAGUUAGAUGAAUAGUUUGGCUUGUUGAGGUGUGGGUGCAGGAGAGGUUAGUUUGCUGUAUAUUACCAAUUGGAGACUGUACUCUGUGUAGUAUAACUGGAUUUAAAAUGUGCUCCCAGGUACCAGUUGGCAAGUCUGCCAAAUGAAUUAUUGAGUUGUCUAGAGAUCACAACCCUUAUACAAUGCAGCUGGUAGAUAGUUGUGUGUUUUCAGCAAUGCAAUAGAGUUUGCAUAAAAUAAAUGGCAUUCAUGUCUCCAGUUCACAUCUUUGAUUAUUUUAACGGUAUUUUGAUAUUUUUGGUUUCUGAUUUGUAAAAUUGUGUUUAAAAGAGACGAUUGUUUUCAACUGGAUUAUGACAUUUGGUCGAACAUUUCAACAGUUUGAACUAUACCAAAAUUGUGUUCAAUUUUUUAAAAAUGUUAUGAUUCUAACACAAAAUCAUCUUAACUUGACAUUUGAUUAAAUGACCAUUUCAAUCAAAAUAUUGUGGGCUGGUAGUUUGUCAUUUCUGUCAAUUUGCUUAUUGAAUGAUCAACGAUAUAGUAGUCUGAAUGCAUACAUUAUUUUAGCCUGUUAUCGGCCACAUUUACGUAUACUAAUGAUCAAAGUUAUCGGUUCAGCUAAAACAUUCAAAUUCUUCUCGAAUGACAAGGUUCACAAAUAAUGUAUUUUGAAGUUUUUAAGCUUGAAACAUUGCAAACUUUGAGAACUCCUUGCACUAACAGUGUAGUACUUGUACUUGGUAAUAUUUCAUGUUCAACUUGUUUUCCUGGUUCAUUUGUAUUGGAAAAUAUACGUUUCAUAAAUGGAAUAAAGUUUGUUAGAAAUUA